AUGAAGGAAACUGGCAAUCAAGGCCAGAACACAAACAAUACAUCGAGACAUGCCUCUAUUGUAGAACUUUUGUCUACGCCGCCAGCAAUUGCGCAACAGCCCUCAACAGCAAUGGAAUUGGAAUCUAUCUCAUUAUCGCGCAACGCUAGUGCAACGUCUUUGGACUCGCAAAUGAGCUCAACCACGUCGUGUCUCACCAAAGUUCACGCUCAAAAAUGGCAACAUAUCCAGCUUUCGCAGCUGAUAGAAGAAAACAAGCUUGUCACGGUGGAUGGAUCCUUGUCCGUGGAAGAAGCUUUCAACACGCUGGUGCGUCACAAUCUCACGUCUUUGCCCGUGGAACAAUCCUCAAACGACAUAAACUGCUUCACUUUUGACUACAACGACCUCAACUCGUAUCUGCUGCUGGUGCUGAAUAAAAUUCAAGUAAACGACCCACAAGUGGCGCGCGAUUGUCAAAUGGGGAAACCGGUUCCAGUGGGCCAAAUCGUUAAGCUAACGCCCAAAAAUCAGUUCCAUAAGCUACGCGAAACCGACAAUCUCAGUAUGGCAAUGGGUAUACUCGGGUCUGGCGUCCACAGAGUGGCCAUCACAGACCCUGGAAGCACCCAAAUCAAAGGUAUCUUAUCUCAAAGACGUCUCAUCAAAUAUCUAUGGGACAACGCCCGCCAAUUCAGCAGCUUGCAACCGCUGCUGAAUUCCAGCUUGAAGGACUUGGGAAUUGGUGUGCUGGACACUCAAAUGGCGCCAACAAGCCGGCAAUCUCGUGUCAUAUCCAUACAGGGCGAGGAACAGCUUAUAAUGGCGCUUUACAAAAUGCAUACCGAGCGUAUUUCGUCGAUCGCUGUCGUGGACAACCACGGAAACCUCUUGGGCAACAUCAGUGUCACGGACGUGAAACACGUCACUCGCACUUCCCAGUACCCGCUUCUGCAUAACACAUGUCGCCAUUUUAUCUCAGUCAUUCUCAACAGUCGUGGUCUUGAAAUGGGGAAGGAUUCUUUCCCUAUUUUCCACGUGUACCCUUCGAGCUCUUUAGCAAGAACGCUGGCCAAACUCGUCGCCACCAAAGCUCACAGAUUGUGGAUUGUCCAGCCUGAGAACUCUGCGGCCUCAACACCUUCUUCUGCCAUAUCGGGCUCACCACAGUCCACCUCGUUGAAUGCUCACGCCAGUGGGAAUGAUCAUGAAGUGCCCAACAGAAGUGGUUCCCCGAUAAGUGUGAAAAGUUUUGAGGAAAACACAGCACAGGCUACAAGCACACCAUUAUUUGAAAAAGAAUACCGCACGGGAAAACUUAUCGGAGUGGUUUCAUUAACAGACAUUUUGGGGCUUCUGGCAAGGCGACAAACCGAACACAAGCAGGUGGAUCCGCAGGCCGCCAGAAGACAAAGAGGCAGUGUUGGUGUGUAA